GCCCAAGGCACAUCCAUGCCAGCUCCAGACUCAGGGAAUGCCAGGAAGGUUUGGGAUGGAAGGGACCUCACAGCCCAUCCAGUGCUGCCCUCUGCCAUGCACAGGGGCACCUUCCAUAGCCCAGGUGGCUCCGUCCCACAGUGCCUUUGCCCCUUUGAGGGCAGCACUUUUCCUGUCGGGGAAGGGCUGCCCGGCGCUGCUGCCAGCGGGGAAACUGAGGCACAACUCCCGAACCGCCUCCGGGACGGGAUGACGACCGCCUCCGCUGGCCAGGAAAGAGGAGGAGGAGGAGGAGGGCAUCAGCCGGCCCGCCCGGGGCUGAGCCCAGCCCGGCCCCCGGGGCGGAGCCGGCGGAGCAGCGCCCGGCGGAGCGGGGAGCGGCGGAUCCCGGGGCAGCCCCGGGCCGGCUCCGGGAUGAGCUUCCCGCGGCCCCUGCGCCGCUCCGUGAGCCUCAGCCCGGCCCGCACCCUGCGCCUCGUCGUGCUGGGACAGAGCGCCGUGGGCAAGACAGAGCAGAGCUCUGCCUGCAGCACGUGGAGCGAAGAUGGAUCGGCGCUGGGGCCGUUCCGCAGCCGCACAAACAGGGCAGCACGUGGGCACGCGCCCGUGCGAUCCCGAGGUGCCCAGCCUGACUCCGUGGCAGCGCUGACCGUGCGAUUCAUCACCAGGAGAUUCAUUGGAGACUAUGACCCAACCUUAGAAAUGAUCUACAGGCACGUGGCUGUCAUCGAUGGGGAGAUGGUGCACUUCGAGAUCCUCGACACAGCCGGGCAGGAGGAGGACUCCCUGCAGAUCGAGGAGAAGAUCAAGUGGGGUGAUGGCUUUGCCGUGGUCUACUCGGUGACCGACCGCUGCAGCUUCGACGAGGUGAUGCGGCUCUGCUUCCUCAUCAACCACCUGCACGGCAGCCCCAAGCGCAGCGGCGCCGAGCAGCCCCCCGUGGUCAUCGUGGGCAACAAGAAGGACCUGCAGUUCGACAGGAUGGUGUCCACCGAGGACGGGGAGAACCUCUCCAAAGCCCUCAAGAUUCCCUUCUACGAGAUCUCCACCCGGGACAGCUACGAGGAGCCGGUGGCGGUGUUCAGCAGCCUCUACCAGGAGCUGCUCAGGCAGGGCCACUUCUCCCCGGGCUCCUUCAAGAGGAGGACAGUGUCCAAGCUCAUGGAGAAGAUUCCCAAAAUGCAAGCCAGCUCCACCCUGAACUCCGCGGGCCGGAGCCUCAGCUUUAACUCCUUCAGGGACUACAUUCCCGAGUGAGCGCCCGGCUCCAGCCCGGCAUGGGGGCGGCUGCCGGGGCUGUGCCGGCUCUCUGGAGGGGAAGGGCAGGAGAGGGGAGGUGGCACUGGCUACAGAAGCCUGUGGGUUCUUCUUACGGGGUCUUUGUGCCAGCAGGGAAGGUUUUCUUCAUCCAUCUGCCCCCUUUGUUCCCUCCUCCCCCUCUGGCAGAGCUGAGGUGGCCCUGGUGACUCCAGGGGUGUUGGGACAACCCUUGGAGGGAGGCUCAGCCGUGUUUUGGUGGGAUUCAGACCCAGCAUAGGCACAUCUGGGGGGACUUCCUCCCUCCUCUGAGCUGGCUGGGUGUGUCUGCACCCCAAAGCCAGCACCCACCAUGCUGGGUGACCCCGAGGGCCGUGCUGGCUCCCGGGCUGGCAGCAGCCAUUCCCUGGGGAUGGAGCCUGCUUCCUCAGCGUGGCUGGUGAGUAAAACCCCUGGAUCCUCAAACCCUUCCAGCCCAUCCAGGCUGUGCUCAGUGGCACAGACACAACGGAGCCAAUUCCAGAAGCUGUUUGCAGGUCCCCCUCUGUCUGCUCAUCUGCUGCCCCAUUCCCAGAGGGAAAGCUACUGUGGCCUGAGGAGUUGUUCUGCACAGGGAUGGGGCAGGAAAGGUGUGGGAAGGAGCUGGGCUCGUGUCUCAUGUUCCUUCCCUCCCUCUGGGUGUGGGGGCUGUGCUGGGACCCUGUGGUGUGACUCCCCUGUCCCCUCUGUUGUGACCGACUCCAUUGUCUGCUGCCGUGUCCUGUGACAAUAAAAGCCGAGUUCCCAACCA